CGCGCCUCGCUCUGGUCCCUGCGGCUGGCGGCCGAGCCUUGUGCCUCCGCCAUAUUGUCUGUGUGCGCCCGGCGGGCGGCGGCGGCGGCGGCUCCGGCAGGGGUUUCCAAGAGCUGACUUGCCUGGAAUCGACAGAGCCCGAUUGCAGCACGGGCCAUCUCCUUUGGGCCCAGGAAACCUGCUUUGAAGAGGAGACGGCGGCCGCCGGAGCCGUCGGUUCAGGCGCUGGGAGCAGAGCGUUUCCCAGCCCGGGUCUCGGACUCCAUCGAGGUGCCAGACCCGUCCGCCAGCAGAAGGAUCGAGGAGAAACGGGGUUGUCGAUGCGGCCGUAGGGGCAGCGGGUCGAGGAUCUCCGCUGUCGGUCAGAGGAGCCCCGAAGCGAGCCCGCCCUGUGCCUGCUCCCUUGCCCAGGCCGCUCCGGGCGGUUUCGUUCGCACAGUUGGAAGAAUCUGAGGCCUGUCCGAGGCCUUUAUCCUCCGUCCAACCUCGGAGUUCGGGUAGCCUCUGAUUUCAGACAUCUCCUCCCUUCCACCUGCCAACCUGUCUGAUAUGUCGGGACCCGUGCCGAGCAGGGCCAGGGUUUACACGGAUGUGAACACACACAGACCCCGGGAGUACUGGGACUACGAGUCGCAUGUUGUUGAGUGGGGAAAUCAAGAUGACUACCAGCUAGUUCGAAAAUUAGGCCGAGGCAAAUACAGUGAAGUAUUUGAAGCCAUCAACAUUACAAAUAAUGAAAAAGUAGUUGUUAAAAUUCUUAAGCCUGUUAAAAAGAAGAAAAUCAAGCGUGAAAUCAAGAUCUUAGAAAACUUGCGAGGCGGUCCCAAUAUAAUCACUCUUGCAGAUAUAGUAAAAGACCCUGUGUCUCGGACCCCUGCUUUGGUUUUUGAACAUGUAAACAACACAGACUUUAAGCAAUUAUACCAGACAUUAACAGAUUAUGAUAUUCGAUUCUACAUGUAUGAGAUUUUGAAGGCUCUAGAUUACUGCCAUAGCAUGGGAAUCAUGCACAGAGAUGUGAAACCUCACAACGUCAUGAUUGACCAUGAGCACAGAAAGCUUAGACUAAUAGACUGGGGUUUGGCUGAAUUCUAUCACCCUGGCCAAGAGUAUAAUGUCAGAGUGGCUUCCAGAUAUUUCAAAGGACCUGAACUCCUGGUAGAUUAUCAGAUGUAUGAUUACAGUCUGGAUAUGUGGAGCUUGGGUUGCAUGUUGGCUAGUAUGAUAUUCCGAAAGGAGCCAUUUUUCCAUGGCCAUGACAACUAUGAUCAGCUGGUGAGGAUAGCCAAAGUGCUGGGAACAGAAGACCUCUACGACUACAUUGACAAAUACAACGUCGAACUGGAUCCACGUUUCAAUGACAUCCUGGGCAGGCACUCCCGUAAGCGAUGGGAGCGCUUUGUUCAUAGUGAGAACCAGCAUCUGGUGAGUCCAGAAGCUCUGGAUUUCUUAGAUAAGCUGUUGCGAUAUGAUCACCAGUCACGACUCACAGCAAGAGAAGCCAUGGAACACCCCUACUUCUAUCCCAUUGUGAAAGACCAGGCUCGGAUGAGCUCCUCCAACAUGCCGGGUGGCAGCACUCCUGUCAGCAGUGCGAGUAUGAUGUCAGGGAUUUCUUCAGUGCCAACACCUUCACCCCUUGGACCUCUAGCAGGCUCACCCGUCAUUUCUGCCACCACCACGCUGGGGAUGCCCGUUCCAGCUGCUGCCGGCGCUCAGCAGUAGUGAUGGGCUCUGUCUCCUGCUGCCUGAGCUGAGUCAGGUGGGGAAGAGGUUUCCCCCUCCGCCUCUCCUCAGGACGCAGCUCGUGCCUGGCAGGGGAAGGGAGGGGAUGAACGCUUUGGAGGCACCGUGUCUGAACUGUUGCUUGUGGAUUUAUAGUAGUUCAGUCAUUAUAUACAAAAUUAUUAUAGGCUGA